UCCUUGGCCGCUAGCGCCCGUCAGGAGCUCCGAAUCGCAAUCCUUAAGUGCCUUUUCGCCGCUGAGCAGGGCCGCCCAUCCUUCUCCAAGUUCGUUGAAGAUGUCGCGGGCUUCCUCGGCAGACGAAGGCACCACCUUUGAGCAUCUCUGGAGCACCUUGGAGCCUGACAGCACCUAUUUUGACCUGCCCCAGUCGGGAAAUACGGGAGGAAGUGAAGCCCCCAACCAGACGGAGGUCACCAUGGAUGUUUUCCAAAUGAGGAGCAUGGACGACUCAGUAAUGUCCCAGUACAAUUUGCUAAACAGGAGCAUGGAUCAGACAGCUGACAGCCGAGCCUCCGCCUCCACGCCUUACAGCUCGGAGCACAUCUCCAAUGUCCCCACGCUCUCGCCCUACUCCCAGCCCAGCUCGACCUUUGACACCAUGUCCCCCGCGCCCAUCAUCCCCUCCAACACCGACUACCCGGGGCCGCACCACUUCGAGGUUACCUUCCAGCAAUCCAGCACCGCCAAAUCGGCCACCUGGACGUAUUCCCCUUUGCUGAAGAAACUCUACUGUCAAAUUGCGAAGACGUGUCCAAUCCAGAUUAAGGUGUCCACGCCGCCUCCGCCCGGGACGGUCAUCCGAGCCAUGCCCGUGUACAAGAAGGCCGAACACGUAACUGAAGUGGUCAAACGGUGCCCGAACCACGAGCUCGGCCGUGACUUCAACGACGGCCUCUCGGCGCCCGCCAGCCACUUAAUCCGCGUGGAAGGCAACAAUCUCUCCCAGUAUGUCGAUGACCCCGUGACCGGAAGGCAGAGCGUCAUGGUCCCUUACGAGUCCCCCCAGGUGGGGACCGAAUUCACCACCAUCCUGUACAACUUCAUGUGUAACAGCAGCUGCGUGGGAGGCAUGAACCGGAGACCGAUUUUAAUCAUCAUCACCCUGGAGACGAGAGAUGGACAAGUCUUGGGCCGUCGAUCUUUCGAAGGCCGGAUCUGCGCCUGUCCUGGACGAGACCGGAAAGCCGACGAGGAUCACUUCCGAGAACAGCAAGCCCUAAACGAAAACGUCGCCAAGAACGGAAACCCCAACAAGAGGACUUUCAAACAGAGUCCGCAAAGUAUCCCGGCGCUGGGGGCCGGGGUUAAGAAACGGAGGCACGGCGAGGAGGAAACGUAUUAUGUGCCUGUCCGAGGUCGGGAAAAUUUCGAGAUGUUGAUGAAGAUCAAGGAAAGUUUGGAACUGGUGGAGCUGGUUCCCCAACAGCUGGUCGAUUCCUACCGACAGCAGCAGCAGCAGUUUCUGCAGCGCCAGACCCACCUCCAUUCUCCAUCGUCCUACGGCCCAGUCUUGUCCCCGAUGAAUAAGCUUCAUCCAGGAGGGAUCAACAAACUACCAUCCGUGAACCAGCUGGUGGGACAGCCUCUGCAGCAGGGGCCUGGCGUGGGGCCAAAUCUUGGGCCUAUGGGCCCAACGAUGCUCAACAGUCACACCAUGCAGUCCAACGGAGAGAUGAACGGGGCGCACAACUCACAGCCGAUGGUCUCCAGCUCGCACUGCACUCCCCCCCCACCUUACAACCCAGACCCCAGCCUUGUCAGUUUCCUAACAGGGCUGGGCUGCUCAAACUGCAUUGACUACUUCACUUCCCAAGGCUUACAGACCCUGUAUCACCUGCAGAAUUUGACCUUGGAGGAUCUCGCCGCCCUGAAGAUCCCAGAGCAGUACCGCAUGGUCAUCUGGAGAGGCCUCCAAGAUUUCAAGCAGAGCCACGAGUACGGCAGCCCGCAGCCGCUCAUCCGUUCCAGCAGCAACGCCGCCACCAUCUCCAUCGGGACCUCCGGAGAGCUGCAGCGGCAGCGCGUCAUGGAAGCCGUGCAUUUCCGCGUCCGCCACACCAUCACCAUCCCCAACCGCAGCGGAUCCGACGAGUGGGCGGACUUUGGCUUCGACCUGCCGGAUUGCAAAUCCCGGAAACAGUCCAUCAAAGAGGAAUUUCUGGAGGGGGAAAUCAACUGA